CCUUAAUUCUCCCCCCUCUUUUCGUUCUUCCUCCCCCACCACAACCAUCAGGGUCGCAAAGCUACUCCAAGGAUAUUCCCAGAUACAUUCGUUUAUUCCCCUUCGAAUCGACUCUGGGAUACCGCCCGGACCCCUGUCAAUCCUUUUUUCAUUGUGCGUCGACUUUCUCUCACCACCUUCACUCUCUAAGUCUACGGAAUCCCGAAAACACCUUUUAUACGCUCUUUUCGUCGCUCUCUAGUCAAUUAAUUCUCGUAUAUCCCGAACCCGAAACGACGUAAAACUCCGUCGACACGCUGUCUCGAUUUCUUUCGCUACUACGAACUACCACCGCCGCCAUGUUCAAGCGCUCGUUCCGGUCCGCGGACCGAGUCGACAAGUCGGCGAGGCUAAAGAAAUCCGGCAACAAUGCCAACAACACGGUUCGGGAUCCCCAGAAGCUAGCGAAACUACAACGGUCGCUCGAGGAGAUUCUCCCAGCUAAGAAGACCCUCACCUCUCCCAUCGUCACCCUCACGGUGGGCCGAGAGGCGCGACUGUUCGCGGCGCACGAGGAAGUAUUGAGCCAGUCGCCCUUUUUCGAGAGGGCCUGCCGCGAUCAAUACCUCGAGGCGCAGAGCAAGAGGAUUUCGCUUCCCGACGAAGAACCAGAGAUCUUCUCGGCCGUUCUCGAGUACCUCUACAAGGGUGACUACUACCCCCGCUUGAUGCACAACAAGCACCGAAACUCUUGGGAGCUCGAGGAUGCCGUCAGAUCACCCGACCCCUCAGAAAACAACCGAGCUGGCCGCGGAGCCGUCGAGGCCACAAUGUACGUCUCCAGCGUGGGCCAGUAUCUCCUGCGGGAUACCGUCGUCUACUGCGCCGCCGACAGGUUCGGACUCGAGGAGCUCAAGCGCCUGUCUCUCCGGAAGCAGGGUCUGCAGAGCGGCAUCGACGUCGGAACGAUCCUUCGGUCGGCACAGUACGCCUACGACAACACGCCGGACACGGACUCGCGGUUGCGCGCUCAUUAUCUCGCCCUGAUCAUCCGAUGUCGCAAGACGUUUAAGAGGAGUGGAACCAUGCAAGCGGAGAUGGAACGCGGCGGCAAACUAUUCUUCGACCUAUUCGUUGCCAUGUGCAACCAUCUCGACGACGUCGUGGACAUGAGCAACGCUCGGACUCCGAAGACGAUCUGAAGAGCUCUUGGAUUGCUGUAACAACAUGUGUCUACUGAAUUAUCCGGUCCCAUGGGAAGGAAUACUACGGCGUUCGAGUGUGAAUUUUUAACCUGCUUUACCUUGGCGAGGAACGGAAUAGUCAUCGGGGAGAAUGAUUUUUGCUUUUCCUUGUCACCGGCUUCUUCCCUCCACUCAGUCUCUCCCAGAUCAUAAGUUGUCAGAUUGGGACACCAUUUGGGAGAC